UAUAGGCCUACUAAAAGUCUAGCCCACAAUAGUAGAUUGUACCAACAAGAUGGCGUCAGGAGGAGAUGACUACGAUAUUGAUGCUUUGACUGAGAAACUGAAGGCUUUUGCCAUGGCUCAGAUAAAGACCUCAGCCAAGAUGGACAGUAAAACAGUGGGAAAGGUGGCCAAGGAAUGCUGGCCCAAGCCCCUACAGACCCGGAUAGACUCCAGUGUGUUCCCAAAAGUUAUGGACAAAACUACAAAGUCUAUUAGUCUUGACAAUAAGGAUCAAAUCAGGAAGUUUAUAUCGGAAGCCGCCAUCCAAUAUGAUGACGUCACCACCAAAACAAAAGAGUUCAAAGAACAUGAGAAGUUUUUGGCAGAGAAGAUUAUUACAUCCGGUACAGGAAUAAAGCAAACGGAAAUUUCUAAGACCGGGGGAGUUGACCGUAUGACGGAUACCUCCAAAUACACUGGGUCCCACAAGGAGAGGUUUGACGAAUCAGGAAAGGGCAAGGGCAAAGAAGGCCGUGUGGAUAAGGUGGACGACUCGGGAUAUGUGGGCAAUUACAAAGACCAAGGCACUUACGACAAAAAACACUGAAGCAUCUCUUUUCUCAUAUUUUUAUCUUGUACAA